AGUAGGGCUGGCAUAUAAAUCCCCAUUCUGUGAACCUGGCCCUUUGCUUUCCUCCCCGAGUCUCUCUCUGCCAUCUGGCCUGAUCCAAGAUGUCCAGUCCCCUAGAGCAGGCGUUGGCUGUGAUGGUCACUACCUUCCACAAGUACUCUGGCAAGGAGGGCGACAAGUUCAAGCUGAGUAAGGGAGAGAUGAAGGAACUUCUGCACAAGGAGCUGCCCAGCUUUGUAGGGGAGAAGGUAGAUGAGGAGGGCCUGAAGAAGCUGAUGGGCAACCUGGAUGAGAACAGUGACCAGGAGGUGGACUUUCAGGAGUAUGCUGUUUUCCUGGCCCUUGUCACUAUCAUGUGCAAUGACUUCUUCCAGGGCCUUCCAGACCGGCCCUGAAGCAGGGCUCUCAGCUCCCUGCCAUGGGUCUCCUGGGGCCCCGGAGGACUUUCUAACUUUUUUAGUUUUGUACUCAAUAAACUUUUCUGUUUGUUGAUAAUAUUUUAA